AUGGACAUCCAGAACAUCAUUGGACCCGAACAACCGAAUCUAACCCAGAACAGUGGCCAUCGCUCAACGUCUGCCUCCGCUGGAACUACGAAGUCUGACGAUUCAACAGAAACCGGCUCGUAUCAGCUUCCGCCUCACAUUAGCAAAGUCUUAGACGAACUAGAAAAAGAGGAAGAACUAGAGCUCCAGAACAGACCCACAGAGGAGACCGAACCAAGAGAAUCAGACGAUGAACCCACUACCGAAGAAUUCAUCACGCCCGAGGAUAUCGGCCAAGAAUUAGACAAGGCACUCAAUCUCGCUGAGCGCGAGUCGUACUGCUCCAAACAAGAUGAUCAAGACUUGAAAGAGUGGGGCAAGACCGGGCUUGAUGGGCUCAAGAAUAUUUUCAAGAGGUCGUCGCCGUCGCUGUCAAUUCCAUCAACUUCUCAGAAAGUUGGCCAGUCGUCGGCUGACCUCAAUCCUCCAGCUUGCCCCACUCCGCCUACCAGCAUCAUGGCUACAAGUACCCGGACCGAUAAACUGAGCUCACAGGACGAGACAGGAUCUUCUGCAAAGCCGCCCCCGAAGAAGUCGGUCACCUUUGCCCCUGAAACUUAUUUGAACCCUCCCAAAUCACCCCCCACAUCUUCAUCCCCCGCCCCUCCAAACCCACCCCGUCCAUCUCCUGGGAUCAUGCUGUCCGACAUCGUCGAACGCCCCAUCGCUCAGCCCGGCAUCAUUUCCCCAAUAAAACCUACCCAGCCUAGCAAGAUUGAAGUCAACGGGAAAAAUGCAUAUCUCAACCCACGCCUAGCCUCCCUUUUGCCGCGCGCUCUGAAAUCUAAACCCGAAGAUCCUGGAUCUCAACAGGAAGAAGAAGAAGAAGAAGAAGAAAGUGCUGAAGAGGAUGAUCCAGAUGAUUCGGAUGAUGAUGAGGCAAACGACGGCUCAUCAGUAUGGUCGGUCGACGAUGAAGAGGCAGAAGGGGGGUCGAGCUGGCCCCCGGAAGACCAGCACAUUGAAACGGCACUAGACCUCAGACAAGCUGCGAUAGAAUACCAUACCAAACGGCAAGGGUUAGGGCUUGGUCGAGGGACCGGGCCAUUAGGAGGCGACCGAGCGCCGGGCUCAGAUGAGGAGGCCGAAUGGGUACCGCUCGACGCCCGGGCCCAAGCACCAGGUGUGCCCCGACGAUCCAACGGCCAGAGCAGAUUCAAGACUGGACGGCCGUUGCAUCUCUUGGAUCCGGAUGCUCUAGGAGAGCACAAGGUGGUCGACGGGAAGCUGUUUGGGGCUGCGCCGAUCAUCGAGGGCCCCGCGCCGACGAUGGGCGCGGCCGUCCACCAGCUCCCGGGCCGGCCGGCAGACUUCUCGGAGCUGGACGACGAACUGACGGCCGAGGAAGUCGAACUGCUCCGGUCACGAUUAGAGGCUCUCGGGAUGGAUGAAGAACGCCGGAUCGCGGCUGAGAGGGCCGGGUCGGAGUUGAUGGCUUGGAUGGAGAAGGCUAGGUCUGGCCAAAUCAACCUGGAAGAUGAAGAUUAUGGUCCUCAGCCACCCCUAGAUACUGCUCCUCAACACGCCCACGAUCUUCUGCCUGAAGAACCAUCCGUCGAAAGGGCAUCCCGGAACGAAGGACCACCCGAAAUCAAGACUGCUCCCAAGACUUCUGCACUGAAAUCUAGAGCCGCAAUCUCAAAGAAUCCCUCUCCGACCACUGUCCAACCAGACGCACAAACCACAUCACAGCAGCAACCAAAUUAUUCGAUUAAAAGUAUUCAUGAAUCCACAGAAUCGAUCCCAGAAGACAGCCCACCGAUUCCUAAGAAAGUGUCGCGUUUCAAAGCCUCUAAAAUCUACCAUAAUCUGUAA